CAAUCGAUCGAGCGAGGGAUACUGUUCCAUUCCAGGCGAGGACGAAUUCGUGAUGAGCGAGGGAAGAAUUCGUGGAUUCCCGGCGUGACAUACGAUCGGAGCAGCAUCAACAAGUGGCUCGAGCGCGGCCAGGAUUGCUGCCCAGCGACGAUGCAACCGCUCCACCAGAAUCACUCGCUCGUGCCCAACAACGCGCUGCGGAGUCUCAUCCAUCAGUGGUGCGAAUCGCAUUCCACCACCAGCGACCUCUUCCGGAGCUCCACCAGCCCGAUCGACAGGCCGCACAUCCUCCUCCUGCUAGACAGGAUCCAGAGAGACCCUGCCAAUGUUGACGCCCUCUCCAAGCUCAAGAGCAAGGCGCGGGAGAGCACCAAGAACAGCCGAGCUAUCGUCGACGCCGGCGCCGUCACCGUCCUGUCCGGCGUUCUCAGUGCUCCGUAUCCCCAGGACGCGAGGGAUCCUCCGGACAAGGCGUGGCUCCAGCCGAUUGAAGAGGCAAUCGCCAUCCUCGCCUAUCUUCCCGCCAGUUACAACUCGCGAAGAGCCCUAAUCUCGCCCAAGCCCCUCCGUUCGAUCUCGUGGAUUCUGUGCAUGGGUUCCCCGCCGGGAAUGAUGAGCGCGAUAGCGGUGCUAGAUGGCCUAGCCAGCGAUAAGGGCGCCCAGAUCGCCAUCGGAUCGAUGGCUGGGGUGAUCGAUGGUCUCGUCGCCAUUCUGCGCCGGAAUGGCAACCAGGUGUUAGUCAAUUCCAGCCUCAGGGCAUUGCUGGGCAUUUGCUUGCCACUGAGGAACAGGGCUAGGGCGGCGCGCGCCGGCGCCGUGGCGGCGCUGGUGGAGCUCCUCCCGGACACCAGCGGCGGCGUGGCGGAGCACAUCUUGAUCGUGCUGGAGCUCCUCUGUGGCUGCGCCGAGGGCCGGGCGGCGGUCGAUGAUCACGCGCUCGCGAUCCCGGCGAUCGUGAAGAAGAUUUUGAGGGUGUCGGACUCCGCGACUGCGAAUGCGGUGGGGAUUUUGUGGGCGGUGUGUAGGGACAGUGGGAGGAGUAGCGCCGCCAUGAGGGAUAGGACUGGCGGAUUGGGAUUGUUUGGGAAAUUGCUACUGCUGCUAAGAAGGGAUGUGAGCCCAGGGACGAGGCACAAGGUGAUUGAUAUUCUAGACAAGGUCUACAAUGCACGAAUGGAUCUCUCCUCCUCGCCACCACCGCCCGCCUCUUUGUAGAGUAACCCCGCGAUUUUUCCUUCUUGUAAAAUUCUUUUGCCGUUUAAACCAUAGGAUUGUGUAUUCUCUCGGGCGUUGAUUUUUAAGAAUGUGUAAUGUAAAAAACUCUUGGAUUU